UUACAAUGAACUAAAAAUUUUAUACACUCCCGAAGCAGCCGAAACAGCCAAGACAGAGGACCCAUCUCCGGCCUACCCCAAGGCCAAGAUCCCCUGAUUUCCGACCUAAACACCCCAUUUCCGGUGACCCAGUAACAUCAUUACCCCCUCUUUCAUUAUCUUCCUUCUUCCAGCUUAUUUAGCGUCCGAGAGAACUGUUUCUUUCUCAAUUUGGAGGGACUGGAGCAAGGGAGUAGGAAGAUAACAACAAGCCGGCCUAGCUAAUCACCGCCGUUGGACAUACCCAGAAACUUAUUCCCUACCGUCGCGAAGCUCUUCAUUGCAACCCUUCUCAGAUCAGCUGCAAGAAAUAAAUUUCCGGCCACAAAUAGCUCAGCCACAGGAGGCUUUAUACGACUUCCUUUCCGUUCAGCUGAAAGAAGGAGGUGAUCAGCCAUAUUUCCGGGACUCUUCUGAUUCAAACUAGACCUAGUGAACAUCCUUUGCCUCUCACAAAUCGUCCAGCAACCUCAUAUUGCCCUGCUUCGUCCCGAUUCAGACUUGAGUCGCGUUUGGAGAUACUUCGAGAACCGCAGAAAUCAGAUCGCAGCUUGGAAUCCUUGUUUGUACUAUUCUUUUAUUAGUAAACUGAAAUAACUAUCUCAGGUCUGAAUUCUGGAUUCAGUGAUAGCGUUUUGGUGGGUUGGAUGAGGAAUGCUUAUGGACUUUAGCAUGAAAAUCCUCUGAAAUGAGUUUCAAAUUAUUUUUAUAAGAGGGGAAGUUGUUCUAUUUAAAGUUUGAAUAUGGAUCAUGUAUCAUUAACCUGUGAACACUUGUUAAAUUCUGAUGAUGUGAUGUUUGAUAAAUUCGAAGGGUUACAUAUUAAUUCAUUUUUAAUACAGACGUUUAAAUUCUGAUGAUAUGAUGUUUGUCAAGUCGGAGAGAGUGUUAGACAUUUUACGUAUUAGUUCUCUUUCACUAUGUAAAUGUAUGUUUUCAAUUUGGGAUUUUCCAACACUCUCCCCUCAAGUGCAACCACAUAUUUGUCACUUGACAAUUAGCAUUAAUCCAAUGUGGGCUCUGAUAUAAUGUUAUAUUUGAAGAGAGUGCUGGGUAUUUUACAUAUUAAUUCAUUUUUAAUGCAGACAUAUUUAAGUGAUGAGCUUGUAUACGUCAAAAUGACUAACCAAUUCAAUGUUACAACUCAAUCAUUUAUAUUGUGUCGUGUCACUAUGUAUAUUUUCAAUGUGGGAUUUCCCAACAAUGUUGGUUAUUCACAAUUCCCAAUUGUUGAAUCUUGAUUUGGAUUGAGAGUUGUUCUUUCAGAUGGUUUGAUUUUGAUGUAUUGUUUAGUUUUUGAUUUAUGCUGAUUGUUGAAUUUUAGUUUAUAUUGCCAUUUGAAUGCUUUUAGUGAUGAGACAAAUCAGUAUGAAUUGAAUGCUAAUGCUACUGGGUGAAAAAGUCUCUGAAUGGAUGUUUCAAACUUAAGAAAUAUUUGAAUAUUUAAUUCUUUUCUGCUGGAUUUCUUUAGUAGCGAAUGCAGUUUUAUUAAAUUAAAGGUAUAUGAGAAAGCUCAUUUGCAACUUUAGGAGGUAUUACAUGAUUUCCUUUGUCGAGUCUUCAAGUAGUGGAUACAUUAUUAUGGGGUUUAUAAUUAAAAAAAUAAGAAAUACUUAUUUGUGAUCUUAUUGUUGUGUUUUAAAAAUAUACACAUCUUCUUUGCUUGAUCUUUAAAUGGUUAAAAUGAGAAUGGAAACCUUGACGAUGGAGUAUAUAUUAGACAGGAAAUGAUUACUCUUACUUUGGAGAAUUGGACUGGUAAAAGGCAGAUGAGAGAACAAGUGUAGGCUCAGGUUGAGCAAUUAAUGAUUGUGUGAUGCUUAUUGCUUCUCUUGUUGUGUUGAAAAUAUGGAAAAUGUCUGUUGAAAUUUAUUCAGAAUUUUUAAGGUUUAAAUUUCAAUUUUUAAAUGCAUUUUAUGUUUUCUUUUAUAAAAAUGAUGAAAAAGAAACAAAUUGAAAAAAUUAUUUUAGAAAAAGAAAAGAAAAUUUAAAGAAAACUAAAACCUGUGAUUUGGCAGCUAGGGAGACAGCCAUGGCUAAUAUCAAGCAAAUACUGGUAGUUUUAGUGACUGUAUUGCUAGUGUCAACAUGUGUGCCAGUCUCUCUCUGUGCAAAGAAACCUGUUUUUGGUGCAAGAAAAGAGGACAUACCAUACAUCAAAUGCCAAGUAUGUGAAAAGGUGGCAAAGGAGUUGUACCAGCUAGUAGAAAAAAAGAAGGCUGAGAUCUUACCCAAGAAGAUCUCAGAAUAUCAAAUCAUUGAGAUGGCAGAGAACAUUUGUAACUUGAAGAAGGAGGAAGCUGAUUGGAUAAUGAAGAUUGACAUAGUGGAGCAAGGGGAUAAGUUAGAGCUGGUAGAACAAGAAGCUGAAGGUCAAUGCAAUUCUGAAUGCAAGACAAUAGAGAGGUCUUGUCAGGAGGUUAUGGGGAAUUCUGAUACUGAUAUUGCUGAAUACAUAUUUAGCUUAAAGCCCAGUAUUGAUUUACUGGUAAACUAUUUGUGCAAAGACCUGACAGAUGCAUGCAGAAAGAAGCCACCUCCAGUUCCCAAGGGUAGGAUUCCUGGAGAACCAUUUGUGCCGAAACCAUCUAAAGAGGCUGAGAUGGAGAAAAUUUUGAGAUCCAUGGAGGGUAUGCCAGGAGCACCUAACAUGCAAAUGUAUUCAAGGGAAGAUUUGAUGAACAUGAAAAAUUUUGGUAAUGAAGAAGCCGAUGAUGAUGAAGAUGAAGAUGAUGAUCCACACUUCCCUUCAAAAUUGGCAAAAGUUCUAAGAGAGAAAGAAAGCAAAAAGGAUGACUGGAAAGAGAAGAUCACCAAAGGAAUCAAAACCACAGGUGAGACAUUGAAGGGGCAUGCAAACAGGUUCUCCAGCAGGAUGCAACAAUGGUGGAAAAGAAUAAAAGCAUCACAUACAAAUGAGAAUUCAUAGACUCUCAAAUUAGAGCUUUAGGACUCUGCACCAUUUUAUUAAACAGGCUUCAUAUUUUUUUUCUUUUGCUUGUGUUAGUGAUGUGUUGUUUUAGGCUUAGAUCACCAAGAAGAAAUGGCGUUUAGUUUGCAAGAAGGAAAACCCUAUUUUUUAUGAAAGAGUUACAUGAUACUGCACGAAUUUUUUUUAAUGGUUAUUUUAAAAUACUUUUGUUUAUUUA